AGGGGGCAGCAUCGCGACGAGUUAACCACAACCAGAACUUUUAAAAAAGGAAGAAGAAGAAAGGCCCGAACGGAGCAGUUAUGGCGGACAGCAGACCUAAGAGGAAAGGCUUCUUCGAAGACGGAGGGCCGCAGGAGGAGGGAGACAGAGUGAAAACUAAGCCUGUCUCUUGUAGCACUGUGGAAGUAGAGGGGACUGCGCUUAAACGUAAAUCAGACCAACUUCAACAUGACGACGAAGAAAGGACCUCAGCAGAUCCACCGGCCCCCAGAAAAGUCUCCAAGAUAGGCUUUAGCAUGAGCAAUCAGAUCGGGAAGAAGUCGAAUGCAAUAAGCAUCAAACUAGGAGCAACAAAACCCAAAGAACCUGCACCGUCAGUUCCUCCAAAAAAGCCAGGACUGGCAUCUGUGUUUAAUGAAGAUGAUGAUAGCGAACCUGAGGAGAUGCCUCCCGAAGCAAAGAUGCGAAUGAAAAACAUUGGCAGGGAGACGCCAACAUCUGCAGGACCGAAUUCGUUUAACAAAGGCAAGCAAGGUUUCUCUGACAAUCAGAAGCUCUGGGAGAGGAAGCUGAAGGCCGAAGGAGAAAAUCCGUAAAAUGUCAGAGUUUUUGUCAGUCGCUGCCAUGACGGCUCAAGUGUUUGUCAGUGUAAACCCUGUGUUGGAAACCUCCCUACAUAUGUCAACAUGAGUUGAAGAAUGACUUUAAGAUCCACUGUAUAGCAGUUUGAAAGAUUUAUCAGCAGAAUACAAAUACACCAAAUAUAUGUAUAUUUGCACAUAUAU